AUGCAGCAGCAAACGACGCAGCGCAGGCACAAGCUCCAGCUGUACAGACACGCCAGCAGCAGCAGCAGCAGCACUAGAGCAACAGCAGCAGCUGUUGCAGCAGAUUGCAGCAGCAACAACAGCAAUAGCAGCGGCAGCAUCAGCAGUAGCAAUAGCAGCAGCAGUAGCAAUAGCAGCAGCAGCAGCAGCAACAGCAGCAGCAGCAGCAGCAGCAGCAGCACCCCUUCUGCUUGCAGCGACGCCUCUGAUGACGCGAGCAGCGCGAGGGACCCAUACAAGGAGACAUCAGAGGAAGCAGACAGCAGACUCAGAGAAAUUCAAUGCACGCAGCGCCAGCACUCUGCAGCAGCAGCAGCAGCAAAGACACGAAUGCAACAGCAGCAGCAGCAGCAACAGCAACAGCAGAGGAAUGUACCCUUGAAGCCUUUCCUGAUUGUUGGCACACUAACACGACUGCGGCGCAGCAGCAGCAGCAACAGCAGCAGUGCAGCAGCAGCAACAGCAGCAGUGCAGCAGCAGCAACAGCAGCAGCGCAGCAGCAGCAACAGCAGCAGUGCAGCAGCAGCAACAGCAGCAGUGCAGCAGCAGCAACAGCAGCAGUGCAGCAGCAGCAAUAGCAGCAGCAGCAGCAGCAGCAAGCGACUAACCCUCUAA